UGAGGGGGGUUAAGGAGGAGGAAUCGGACACCAGCGACACUCCACACCGAGCAGGGAGCAGAGAGCAGGCCGCUGUCAGCGCCCCGCAGCCCGGCAUCAGCAGAGAGCGGAGCGGCGGAGGAGGAGCGUCACCUCCCGGGUCCAGGCUGCCUCACAGGCCGGUCUCUCUCGUCCGGAGCAGCGGCGGAGCUUUGAGCGAACAUAACGGAAGAGCGAGGAGCCCGGAGCCGCCGGCGGCCGCCUGUCAGCCCGCAGCAUGAAGAAGAACAGCUCCGGGAAGCGGGGCCCGCAGGACGGCAGCCAGCAGAGCGCCGUGCCGGACAAAGUGGGAUGGAUCCGGAAGUUCUGCGGGAAGGGAAUCUUCAGGGAAAUCUGGAAGAGCCGCUUUGUGAUCCUGAGAGGAGAUCAGCUGUUCAUCUCAGAGAAGGAGGUGAGGGAGGAGCGGCGGGCGGACGAGGUGCUGGAUUUGUCGGAUUAUGAACGCUGCGAGGAGAUCAGGAAGCUGAAGAGCCGCAGCAAAAAGAACCACAGCAAGUUCAGACUGCAGCGCUGCAGCACGCCAGGCAACACGGUUCCUAACCUGGUCUUCCUGGCUGUCAGUCCAGAAGAGAAAGAGUCCUGGAUCAACGCCCUGAACACGGCCAUCACCCGAGCCAAGAACCGCAUCCUGGAUGAGGUGACGGUGGAAGACUCUCAGCUGUCUCACCUGACCCGCGACAGAGUGAAGAUUCCUCACAACAGACGGCUGCCGACCCGAGGUCACCUGCUGGCUGUGGCGUCGACCUCGUCCUCAGAUGGGAUGCUGACUCUGGAUCUGAUCCAGGAGGAAGACGCUUCUCCGCGGGGUUCAGUCGGCUGUGAUCGUUUCCAAAUCGACCAGUCACUGUCCCACCUCAGCCCGGACUGUCCCAGGUCCAAAACAGACAGCGCUCUGUCCGCCAAGACUGCCGAGGCUUCUGGGAAAUCGCAGAGCCUGCCCCGUGAGACGGCGGUGGCGUGGGAGCAGACGCCAACGGGUCCCGCCCAGACACCACUGGCAGGAAAGCGCUUGACGACGGCUGAAAAAAACCGCUGUGCCUCCAUGGACGAGAUUCUGUCGCAUUCGGAGACGACGCGAACCUCCAAGAACCAGAUGUCGCCGAUGGUCGGUUCACCUGCAUCUCCGCCGCCGGGGGCUGCCGCGCCCCUCAGCCAGCUGCAGGAGCUCAUCAGCCAGAAGCUGGAGAAGACCGAGCGGCUGCUGACGGAGGUGCGGGGCGGUGCGCAGGACGAUGGCGACGCCGGCAAGGCCAAGGGGAAGGAGUCAGUGGAGGUGGCACGAGCUGAGGCAGAGAGACUGCUGAGGGAGGCGGCGGCCGCCUGGGGCCAAGCCAGGGAGGUGCUGGAGGAGGUGAAGGAGCUGAGGGCGCUGUACCAGCAGCUGGACGCCCCACCUGGAACCUCCCUGUCCCCGUCCACCUCCUCCAGCUGCUCCAAGCAGAACCCACACCGCAAGAGCCUGAUGUGACCACAGGACCCACUGACCGGUACUGACUGGUUCUGACUGGUACUGACUGGUUCUGACUGGUUCUGACUGGUACUGACUGGGCCCGUCCUGUCCGGUUCUCAACGAACCCUCAAACACAAGAACAAAGACACAAAACUGCAACCAGCGCCUGUUUGAGUCUGUUGGACCGGACAGGAAACAGAAACCUCUUUUGUACAAAAUACAGACUCAGAAGGAGCAGAUGAACAUGAAAGAGUUCUGCAAUGCUGCGCUCUGAAGGUCAGAGGUCAAAGGUUAAGGUAGAGCGGUCAGGUCCGAAUCAGAGGUCUGAUCAGCGAUUAGAUCAGCGAUUAGAUGAUCAUCCUGAUUAUUUUGGUACGUUUUGUUAUUGAUCAUGAUUAUUAGCAUAGCAGUGAUUUGGGGAGCAAAUUAUUGCACUUUUGUGUUUUGCAGCGACGUCAGAGUCCAAAUUUCAAUCCACAUGAAAUGAAGUAAAAUGAUGUAGAAUCUAAAGCUGUGAUUAUGCAUGUUUGAGCAGGUCUGAAUGGGAAGGUCAGGAGUGAAACGAUCACCUGAGACAAAGUGAACCAAACUUUCCUCCAGGUGGAGCUCUGUGCUUCGUCUUCAUCUCCUUCUCCUUCUUCUUCCUCCUCUUCCUCUUCGUCUUGUAGGAAUGUCAAAGUGUCCUGUCUUGUUUCUCAGACACACUGGAAGAUCGACUGGAGAAUAUCUGGAUAAUUCCUGUGAUUACAAUCUGACGCCAGCAGCACAGAUUGGCCUGCUGUUCUUUUGCUGUAAACUCUGUGAGCUUCUCCUUGAGGACUUUGUGAGUCUGAUUGGGUCCUUUUUUAGUUUUAGCUUCGACGGUGAAGACAAACAGGCAGAAACAACAUUUGGGUUGUAAGCUCAGACGGUACGAGGCGAGCAGCUUCAGCACUGUUCACUGGUACAAAGAAUAUUCAGAGGAACAAACGUCCAUCAGAGGCAGACUGAGCCGGCGUGGCCAUGUGGCCGACACGCUGCAGGAUGACGGAAAGAACGCAGGGCCGUCUGCCUUUUGUACACAGUGAUGUCCGUAUUUUUUGGUACAUCAAAGGGUGAAACGUUUUGUACUUUGUUCAUUUGUUCUUUUCUCAGACCACAGAACACAUCAUUUCCUGUUAACCGAGUUUGAUUUUUUUCCUCUGUUGAUUUUCAGAACAAAAAAAAACAGCAUUUUAUUUGAUUU